GACUAGGGACGGAAUCGGACGUGUUUGGGCGCGUUCUCGCGCGAGAUCCAUUUUGGAUAUAAUUUUUGCAACUCAUCCUCGUCUGGAGAACCAUUUCUACACACUAGUUCUUGCAUUGUUAGCUGGUGGUCGAUUACAAUUCAUAUAAACACCAACAGCGUGCAAAUUUUGUAUAGAAAGCCUAACCAGCCAUAAAGGGAAGAAGAAGAAGAAGAAGAGGAAGAAGAAGACUGCCACCAAUCAUCCCCGAGAUGGCCGGUGCGAUGUUGUUCGAGCGGGCUCAGGCUGUUUCGAUGACAAACCGAAGCGAGGGUAUCUCGCUGCUCAACGAGAUCGUCUCCGACCCGAGUAUCGGCGCCGAAGAUGACGAGGACAACAUCUGCGUCAAGGAGCAGGGUAUUCUUCAUCUGGGCGAGCUCUACAAGAAGGAGGGUAAGGCGAAGGAGCUGGCCGAGCUGAUCAAAGCCACCAGGCCGUUCCUUAGUCUUAUUAGUAAAGCGAAGGCUGCCAAGCUCGUGCGCUCCUUGGUGGACUUCUUCCUGGAUCUGGAAGCUGGUAUAGGUAUCGAGGUGCAAUUGUGUAAAGAAUGCAUAGAAUGGGCAAAGGAAGAACGCAGAACGUUUUUAAGGCAAUCGUUAGAAGCCCGUUUAAUAGCUCUUUACUUCGAUACGGGCAUGUUCAGCGAAGCAUUGCAAUUGGGGUCUGCUCUCCUCAAGGAACUCAAAAAACUGGACGACAAACAACUACUAGUAGAGGUUCAAUUGUUAGAGAGCAAGACAUAUCAUGCAUUGAGCAAUUUAGCGAAAGCGAGAGCGGCGCUCACCAGCGCCAGGACAACUGCCAAUGCGAUUUACUGUCCACCUAAAAUGCAAGCAGCUCUAGAUCUACAAUCGGGAAUACUGCAUGCUGCAGACGAACGAGACUUCAAGACUGCUUACUCUUAUUUUUAUGAAGCCUUUGAAGGAUAUGAUAGCGUUGAAAGCCCCAAGGCACUGAUUACGCUCAAGUACAUGCUACUGUCUAAAAUCAUGUUGCGCACACCGGAAGACGUUCAAACUAUCAUGUCCGGCAAACUGGCGGUGAAAUACGCGGGAUUAGAUCUAGAUGCAAUGCGUGCGGUAGCUGAUGCUAGCCACCGACGAUCAUUAGCGGAUUUUCAGAAGGCGGUUAAGCAAUACCGGCAAGAAUUGGAAGACGAUGUGAUUGUACGUGCACAUCUCGGUUCUCUCUAUGAUGCUAUGCUGGAACAAAAUUUGUGCCGUUUAGUCGAACCUUAUUCACGAGUCCAGGUGGGUCAUAUUGCCUCGUGCAUAUCUUUGCCAUUAGCGCAAGUAGAAAAGAAAUUAUCGCAGAUGAUUCUGGACAAGAAACUGCGAGGAGUUCUUGAUCAAGGAGAAGGUGUUUUAAUUGUAUUCGAGGAUACACCACGCGACAAAACUUACGAAAUCGCAUUAGACACAAUACACAGCAUGGGAAAAGUCGUCGAUACACUUUACCAGAAAGCCAAGAAACUCACCUAGCCCUAUUUAAUAUGUAUUUAUACAAGAAAAAAUUUAUCGCAAUUAUUAUAACCAUUAAUAAUUAGUUACUCUCAUUAAAUAUUAUCGAUUAACUGUAUUUUUCUCGUAAUUAACAUGGAUGACACACAAGUGUCGCGACAAAAAGUGCUCAUUUACAAUACGUUUAUAUAGAAUCGCUUUUAUUAAUAGUAGAAAUUUUAUUUAAAAAAUGAGAUAAAUAUGGAAUUAUACAUAUAUAAAAUUAACUUGCUUGAGAUCUCUAAUCAACAUACUCUCUCUUAAUCUCGUGUUUUUUUGAAAUUAUUUUUUGUAAAUACUCUUCAAGAAAGAGUGAAGAAAAAUGUCAUAUAAUAUCGAAAAAUUACAAAAAUAUAACAAGGUAAAAAAGUUA